AUGGAGAAGAUUGUUCACCAAACGUUGAGCAUAAACGGUAUUAAGAUGCACGUAGCCGAGAUAGGGGAAGGGCCGGCAGUGCUAUUCCUCCACGGUUUUCCCGAGCUGUGGUACUCAUGGCGCCACCAAAUGCUUCACCUCUCCGCGAAAGGCUACCGUGCAAUUGCUCCUGACCUCCGGGGUUAUGGUGACACGGAGGCGCCCCCUUCAGUGACUAGCUACUCGGUCCUCCACAUUGUCGGGGAUCUAGUAGCGCUCCUCGACACUCUCGGGCUAGAAAAGGUUUUCUUGGUGGGACAUGACUGGGGUGCCUUGAUUGCUUGGUCCCUUUGCUUGUUUAGGCCUGAUAAGAUUAAGGCUCUUGUGAAUACCAGUGUGGUUUUUCAACCAAGACAUCCACACAUUAAACCAAUUCAAGGCUAUAGAGCUAUGCUUGGUGAUGGCUUCUAUAUGUGCAGAUUUCAGGAACCAGGUAAAGCAGAAGAAGCAUUUGCAUCCGCAGAAACCAGUAAUGUCAUGAUAUCUUUUCUAUCGACCCGCGAUCCAAACCCUCCAUGCUUACCUGAAGAGAUGCAAUUAUUUUUCAAGGAUCCUGUAACACGUCCUUCAUGGCUCACUGAGGAAGAUGUAAAUUAUUACGCAAGUAAAUUCAAGAAAUCUGGCUUUACCGGAGGAUUGAACUACUAUCGAGCCAUGGAUUUGAGCUGGGAGCUGACAGCAGCAUGGACAGGAACACAAAUAAAAGUCCCAGUUAAGUUUAUUGUAGGUGACCAAGAUUUAACCUACCAUUUUCCAGGGGUUAAGGAUUACAUAAACAGUGGUAAAUUCAAAGAAAACGUUCCAUUUCUGGAAGAAUUGGUGGUUAUGGAAGGCGUAGCGCACUUUAUUAACCAAGAAAAGCCAGUGGAAAUCAGUGAACACAUUUACAACUUCAUCAACAAAUUCUGA